GAGCAUUUUUUCGUCAGUCAGUUAUGUAAAUUCCUUGUGUUUAGUGUUGUUUUGUGUCAACACAUACAUAUCCUGUUGCCCAGACAAUCAACAACAACACCAUCAACUCUAAUGUGCUCCAGGAAACAAUAUUUGGACUGGGUGUGUCCCUUUCUGGUGGAGAGGCCAUUACGACCGUAUGCUCGCGAUCGUCAGCCCCACGAACUCCUGCUUCAGGCGAUCUGCCGGCAAAAGAAGUGCCUGCCCCACGACCAGCUGGCGGAUCUUCUGAGAAACCUGACCGUCGGCUCGACAAUGCGUCGGCUAUCCAAAUCCAGAAAGAGACAAUGUGGCGGCUCGGAGGUAAGACCUGAACCCACGGAUGCCGAGGUGGUUUUUCUGGACAUGAGAAAGUCAUCCCCUCAUGCCGACCGCUGCAGCUGGGGCAGAUCCCGCAUCGAGUGGCUCCAGAAGCUGGAGCAGCAACAAAAUCAGUAUCUUCUGGCGCUACAUGAGCCAUCAGGAGGGCCUUUGUGCAAAAGCCCCAGUAGGAUAAGCUCCCCGACGAAGAGCAGGAGCAAGGACAAAGUACGCAGCAUGGAUAAGGAUAUUGGUUUGGGAAAAAGGAAGAUACCCGGCUGCUGGGCCUUGAUGCCAUUCUUCUGCGGUUGGAGUAUACCCCGUACCGAUUCCGUCUGCGUGGACGUGUCUCGCCCCCAGAAGAGUUCGUGAUUUGGUAGAGGCAGCAACUUUUUGGCCAGCCUGCAAUUUGAUUUCGAUUUCCAGAGCGCCAAGACCGCAAUUAAAUUCGUCCACAGACACAACUCUCUCUUGGCAAGUGGCUGCCAAAGUUGCAUUCUGCCUGGCAGACAAGUGGCUGUGCCACUGCGAAGGACGAGUGACUUCUGAUUCCCACAGCCGGGGCGCAGCAUAAUUUGAUGAAUCCGUCAAGUGUCUGCCAGCCACGGUCGACACACUUUUGCCAACUCGAAGACCAAGUUUCCAACGGCAAUUCAAAUCGGCGCUAGUCUCGUAAACGGGCUUAAAGUUUUCUAUAUAUUUCGAGGGUCGGAACUUUAAGUGUGGUGGCGCAAAACAAUAAAAAACCAGCGCAACCCCAAA